GUAGAGAGGGAGGGCGGUCGUUGCAGACAGAGAGAGAGAUUGCAGAGAGGCAGGGUGGUCGUUGCAAACAGAGAGAUUGCAGAGAGGGAGGGCGGUUGUUGCAGACACAGAGAUUGCAGAGACGGAGGUCGGUCGUUGCAGACGGAGAGAGAUUGCAGAGAGGGAGAGUGCGUUUCUCCAUCUUCCCCUCUUUUUAAAAAUCCGACCGUUGAGCCUGUGUAGUUCUCUAAGAAGCAACAAUGGUGAAGAAGAGUAAAAAGAGUAAGAGUAAGAGAGUCCCUCUGAAGAAGAAGUAUAAGAUUAUAAGGAAAGUGAAAGAACACCAUAAGAAGAAGGCAAAGGAGGCAAAGAAGCUUGGGACGCAGAGGAAGAAAGUUGAGAAGGACCCAGGUAUUCCCAAUAACUGGCCUUUCAAGGAACAAGAGCUCAAGUCUCUCGAAGCUCGGAGGGCCCGCGCAAUAGAGGAACUGGAGCAGAAAAAGGCUGCCAGGAAAGAGAGGGCCCAAAAGAGAAAAUUGGGGUUGGUAGAGGAUGAUGAUAUAGCCAAACUGGCUGAUACUGCUUCUGUUAAUGAACACGAAUUUGCAAAAAGAAGCAGUGUUGGAAGUUCCUCAGGAACUAGCAAAAGCCACGAUAAUUCUGAAAGGACUUUUUACAAGGAGUUGGUAAAGGUCAUAGAAGCAUCAGAUGUCAUUUUAGAGGUUAUUGAUGCACGAGAUCCCCUCGGUACCCGUUGUGUUGAUAUGGAAAAGAUGGUUCUGAAGGCUGGUCCUGACAAGCAUCUAGUUUUGGUUCUCAAUAAAAUAGAUCUUGUUCCUCGAGAGGCUGUGGAGAAGUGGCUCAAAUAUCUUAGAGAAGAAUUGCCUGCAGUUGCAUUCAGGUGCAGCACCCAAGAACAGAGGUCAAAUUUAGGGUGGAAAUCUGCCAAAAAGGCUGCAAAACCAAGCAACAUUUUGCAAACUAGUGAUUGCCUUGGAGCUGAAACUCUUAUAAAAUUGCUAAAGAACUACUCUAGAAGCCAUGAGCUUAAGAAGUCGAUUACUGUGGGUGUUGUUGGCCUUCCUAAUGUUGGUAAGAGUAGUCUGAUCAAUAGCUUGAAGCGAUCUCAUGUUGUCAAUGUCGGUGCCACUCCGGGACUGACACGAACUAUGCAAGAAAUUCAGCUGGAUAAGAAUGUGAAACUAUUGGAUUGCCCUGGAGUUGUAAUGCUUAGAUCCAGCGAAAGUGACGUGUCUAUUGCUCUCCGCAAUUGCAAAAGGAUUGAGAAGUUAGAUGAUCCCAUUGGUCCAGUUAAAGAAAUUCUCAAGCUGUGUCCCGCUGAAAAGCUGAUGUUACUGUACAAGCUGCCGAGCUUCAGCUCGGUUGAUGAAUUCCUGCAGAAGGUAGCUACCAUUAAGGGUAAGCUAAAAAAGGGCGGUGUUGUGGACGUAGAAGCUGCUGCAAGGAUAGUGCUGCGUGAUUGGAAUGAGGGUAAGAUUCCGUACUAUACAUUGCCUCCAGUUAGAAAUGAAGGAGAAAAUUUGGAGUCAGCGAUUGUGUUUGAACUUGGGAAAGAAUUCAAUGUUGAUGAGGUUUACAAGGAAGAGUCUUCAUUCAUAGGCAGCCUUGCAUCUGUUGAAGAUUUCCGUCAUGUUGAGGUUCUCCCGGGUUCCCCGCUACAUUUGGAUGAGCAGAUGGUGGAGGAUGAUGUGCAGCCCCAAGAAGCAAACCAGGAAGAAGAACAGCCCAUGGCCUGUGAUGAUAAGGAUGCCACAGGAACUAAAUCUAAGACCAUUGGCAAACAAAAUGACAAGCUUUACAUGGCUGAGGGCAUACUUGAUCCACGGGUUCGAAGAGCGGAGAAGAAAUGGAGGAAAGCUCGCAAAGCAUCCAUGAUGGAUGCUGACUAUGAUUUCAAGGUGGAUUAUGUGAGAAAGGCAGUCGAUAAAGAUGACAAUGAAGAUGGUGAUGAGGACAAGAAAAUUGAUGGUGACGGUGAUGGUCAGAUAAAUGGUGAGGCGCUGAUGUCUGGCAUUGAGAUAGAUGCAUAGGGACUUUGAAGGCUGCGAUGAUCCUCUCAAUGGGUAAGAUGAAAUGCUUUAAUGGCUUUUCAUCCUCUUAUACUACCAUCUUAAAGCCACCCAGAAGAUUUUUGUUUCUCCAGCAAUCAAGCAUCAGUUUUGUUUCUCUAGCAAUCAAGCAUCCAGAUAUGAAUUCUCUUAUGCAUUUUUCCCCCCGUGGAUGUUCAUAGUUUUUAUUUAUUUAUUUUUCAAUAUUGGGAAAUGGAUCUUAUCACCUGUAGUUUUAUUUGAAAAUUAUCAUAUUAGUUGAAUUUUGUUGU